UAAAAUAUAGUUGAAAAAUAUGCUAAGACAAUUUCAAUAAGAAUUAUAGUAUACAAACUCUCCGUUAAAUUAAUUUAAAAAAAUGCAUAACGUUACUGUUCCACUAAAUGUGUAAAAUAAAUCCCUAAAAAGUAUAUAAAACUUCUACAUGCCAGAUAUUAAACCUCUUUUCGUGUAACUUUGGAAUGCAAAAUUGAAACAAAAAUAUUAAAAAAGCAAAAAUUUAUCGCCAUCUGGAUACGUUAGACAGACAAUGAAUAAUUGGGUUACUUCCAAUUUUCAGAAUUGUGCUACAUAAAAUAUAAUAUUACCGAAGCUCAACAUUAAUGUAAUUAUGAGCAUCAGCACAUCCUUUAAAAAGAAGUGAAAAAGAAACGUAAACGUAAAAGAAGAAAAUGAAAAAAUAAUUUAUUUUCCCCCCAUCCCCAGCUCAGUUCGAAAUAUGCAGCUUAUGACAUUUAAUUCACUUCUAAUGUUCGACAUAGUGUUUGUGUUUUUUCUAUUUCUGGUCGGCGUUACAUGUCUCGUUUAUUACUUGCCACCGGUGGCUCGUACCAAUUCCAGUAAAUGUCGCCACAGCAGUCAAUUGAAUCAAUUUUUAACCACACACCGUUUGCUUAGAGAAUCGCAUGGUUUUCGAACAGCUAUCAAUAGUAAAUACUGUGCUAAUGUAGAAUGUUAUUCGAAUAAAAAUUGCGAUGUGGAGUUUGGCAAUAAAACGGCAGCAAUGCAUAUAAGUUCACAGUGUUGCUACAUCAAGGCGAAACCAACGGAUGUAAAGAAAUGUACAGGACCAAUACAAGAUGUUUAGUAGAGAAUUGUGAAUGUACGAAACAACAGAAUCGCAAUAUGUCGCCACGACAACACCAAGAACUGCAACAACCGCCAUAACACAUAAUUCGGCUUACGAAUCCCUUUUAACACAACACCAAACCGAACAGCAACAACAGCUACAACAGCAUCAACAAAAACAGCAACAUCACAAAAUUGAAGCCGAACAACUACAAAAUAUUUAUAAAGAAUAUCGACCCACCUAUGGUGCCUAUAUUAAUAAUACUUUGCCUAGGGGGCCUUACCUUCAAUAUAAAUUUAAUGAUCAACAAUCAGCCUAUUCAAAAAGAAACGACAAUAAUCAAAAGAAUCGUCAAAUCGAACUGUUAAAACAUGAAUUUAUGGUAUUACCUCGGGCAAAGAUAAAGAUAUCAUCGGGAAUUGAGUUACCAUCACCGACCAAUAAUAAUAAUUGUUUCAAUGGCAUACAAACACUAGGACGACAUCGAUAUAUGAACCGAUCGAAUCGUCCAACAUCACCGGAAUUGUCGUCUUUCGAUUAUUAUAAUAAAAAUGAACCGAUUUCAUGCUGGAGGGAUAAUGAUAAUUCGUCUGGCAUUAUGAAUCAAAGCAGAAACGAUAAAACAACAAAAUUAGAUGUCCCAAACAGUAUUAUUGAAGCUGUCAACUACAACACAUUUUAUAAGCGAAAUUCGAAUCGAUUGGAAAGCAGUGACACUGCGAACGCGGACUACAUUUGUAAUUAUAAUCAUGAACCAGUAACGAAAAACGGUUACAAGAAAACGGCGGAUAUUGAAAAACGAAACGUAUUACGCCAACCAACUGAAUCGGAAUAUUUCGAUGUGGCAACAGAUUUAAAUAAUUUUUCGACAAAAACCGAACCAGUACGUUAUGCGAUUGGAACGGGUCGUUGUAAUGUUUCCAAAGUCCAUUCGCCCAUAAAUUAUGUGACAUUAUUCGAAAUUAUGAAAGCGAAAGAGAAUGGUUUCAGUCAGGUCGAAGGUUGGGCCAUUCUAUGCCAAUCGAUUCAGGCGUUACAGGAUUUGUUUCUAGCUGAUACUCCAUCAACAAAUCGCCUACUGCCAUUAGUAAAUCUUACCAACCUUCAAAUCACAUCUCGAGGACGUGUUGUAUUUAAUGUGAUGCCCGCUGGUCAAAUGAACUCUGAUAAUGAUGUCACUCCUUUUUCUGACACAAGCUUUUUGUCACCUGAAUAUCUGAACAACAUUGGAAAGAAAACAUCAUUUAGUGAGUCGGAUAUUGAAAAGAUGUGGAUCUACAGUCUUGGCAUCACUCUAUAUAAAGCUAUACCCUCGACAUCCGGAAUAACUCCAACAAAUAGAACAAUAUCCGGCAGCCUUACGAAAAUUAAUAACGACAGAGAGAAUGAUGACGUUGCCGUUCAAGCACCUGUGCCAUCCACUGCUAUCCGCACAGACAUGACAAUGUACCAUCAUAAUCAUUCCAAUGAGCUUGAUAAAAUGUUGACGUCAUUGGACUGUGUUAUAUCAGCGAUGUGUGCGCCGAAGCUUCACAAUCGUGCCAGUUUAAUGUAUUUACUCGAUGUCAUAUCGGAAUACUGCCGCUGUCAUCAUCAAAUCAAACCAUUUUCUCAUAUUGUAAUGGACCUAUUCCAAGAAGCUUUGGAAAAAGCAGACAUUAACGCUAGCAUCAGCGUUCAUUCGUCGAAGAUGGCUGUUAACAGAAAGACGACUGCUUUAGACAAUAGAAGCGAUACGGAUUCGGGCAAUAGUUCAGCACAGGGAGACCGUGACAUUUACGCAAUCUAUAACAAGGAAACGGAACGAAAUAAUAAAAAGGUUGCCGAUAAGAGAACAUUGAAAGUUUCUCGUACUGCUACCGACGAACAACGGCCUAGCGAAGCACCGUUCAAUAAAUUCAAUCCAAUCGGAUUUUCGGCACAAAGUGAAAUGGAAGAGAAACCGUUGGAGCCAACAAAGCGUUUACAGGUGACACGGCGCAGAGAUGAGAUUUUAAAGCGUCGGAAUCGAUCGCGCCGCAAUACGAUUGCUGUGAAUUUGUUGGAUGUUAACAAGUGUAACAAAGAAUUGCAAUCGAAUGUGAGUUGGGACGGUAGUUGUUCCAAGUCAACGAAUUGUAUCGAUAAAAUUGGCAAAAUGGAAGAGAAUGGUUUUGCGCAAAAAAUCGACGAACUUCAACUGAACGGUUGUUCUAUGCCAGAAUUAAAUGGCAUGAAAUUUUCCACUCUACCGAACUUAAAAGUUCGGCGAACGAAAGAAACCGCAAACUCAAAUCAAAGUAUAAACCAGUUGGCCAUAAUUAAAUCAAAAGGACCCGAAUUUAUUGCCAAUUCGUCUUUAUCUCCACUAGCGAUUGAUAUAACAGACACAAAGUGUCAACAUAACAAACGUGCUGUGAUCGUUCUACUGUUGAAUGGAAAAAGCAUCAAAAUAACUUGCAAUCCUGCAGCCGCAACCGCACAAGAAAUCUUCGAAACGGUCAUCAAAUGCGAAAACUUUGUCGAAAACUUUUUCUUGGGUAUCUGUGCACUCAUCGGCGGUGAUUUCGUAUUUCUGCCGCCGGACUUAAAGAUUCACAAAGUGGCACCUGAAAUAUGGUUCAAUGCGGCAAAGAAGGGAUGCUACACCGAAAAUGUCAUUUUCACAUUGUUCUUACGAACCAAAUUCUUCUUGCCAACAUUACGAGGCAUUGGCUCGUUAGAAUCACGUCAUUUGUUGUACCUACAACUUCGUAAAAGUAUUUUGGAAAGUCACAUUCUGUGCAAUGACGAAGAACUGAUUUCAUUGGGAGGUUUAGCCUUACAAUCGGAAAUCGGAGAUUUUACGGAAUCGAUGAAGCACACAGAUUAUUUCACCAUUUCCCACUACCUACCGGAAGGAGUCUACCAAAGAAAUAAAGGAAUGGCAAAAUAUUUGCGCAACUCGCACUUCUCCAAAAAGGGAUUGCAGAGCAGAGAGUCCGAAUACAAUUUCAUUCGUUACGUACAAGAGAUGAAAGAGUAUGGACUGCAUUUAUUCAGCGCAGUUUGGUCCACCGACGACGGUCUCACCUAUGACGUUUAUGUGGCCGUAUCGUUGAGUGGCAUACGCAUAUUUAAGCGAUCGUCGACGCGUCACGAUCAAUCGAUGGAAAAUGCGAAACGGUCCAAAACCGACUACCAACGAAAAUUGUACGCCAACUUUGAAUGGUUGGAAAUUGAAAAUUUAUGUUUUUCCAAGCACAUUUUGUGCGUCGUUAUACGAAAAUCGGAAAGCUUAAAAGCAAAGGACAAUAAUAGAGUUAAAUAUAAGUUCCGGAUGGAUGGACGGAAGAGCUAUUUUGCAUUUCACUUGGCAUCCGAACAUCACCGAUUUUACAUGAAACUUCGCAACUCAUUCAUAUCGCUGAAAGCCCUUUCCGACGAAUUGAACUACCCACUAAAUGGCAUGAAUCGAGUCACCACCGCUCCGAUUCCACAACAAACCGAUCAUUCAGCACCGAUCACCGAUCAUUUCCUGCAUAAAAUUGAACAACCGCAUCCGAUCGAAUCAUCAAACAAAUCCGAUAAGCCUGCAGAUGGUCGAGUGGGAAAAUUGAAAAAAUCGAUGCUCAACGACAACCGACUGCUGAAGCUGAGAAAUAAAUUUCUGAAGCGUUCGAAGUCGUCUGUGUCCAAGGAACGCAUUUGCUUGAAUCCGAACGGUCACACAAUGGAGGAGAAUCAAAAUAAGGAAAAUGAAUGUCCGAAAAUCGAACAGCCGAAGCAGUCACAAAAUCUGCUGCUCAGUCCGAACCGGAAUCGCGUCAAAAUGGGAACGCGUGUCUUUUCCGCACAAUUCCUGAACAAAUCAUUUGACAAUGUGUCGGACAGUAAUGGCUUUAAUAUGUACCGAUUCGAUUCCAAUGAUGGUUUGGAUGCGGCGGAUGCGUAUCGCGGUAAGACGUGCACAUUUGGUCAAUGUGAAAGGGACUUAUCAGAUGACGGUAUGUCGUUGACGAGCACCAGCUUAAGCUCACUUUAUUAUUCUGAAAAAAUGUCGGAGAAAUUUUCACCGUCACCGUUACCUACCGAGGCGUACGUAAUCCAAUCUAGCAUGAAGAGCAACUGUGACAUUAACCAAUUUUCCAUGUUCAACGAAACCAUAUCCGAUUCGCUGUUCGAAAAGUUCAACAAUCUGUCGAAAAAUAACACGAUCGGCGAUCGCAUCAUCAAUCGUAUCACAAUUGUCAAGAAUAGUUUCGCUAAAACACAUUCCAUAAACGGGGCCGUAGUCGAAGGAAAUCGAAAAUAUUCGCUGGAUUCAGAUGGCGGAAGUUCGAUUGAGGACAACAGUUUGGCCAAUAAAUUCACUCUGGGAAUUAGCAUCAUUCAAGGAUCGGAUAAUAAUGUCUACGUAAAAGAUCUGGUUAAAAAUGGACCGGGUGAACGGGGUGGCAUUGAAAUCGGUGAUCAGAUAUUAGCUGUGAACGGAACGUCUCUGCUGAAUCUUUCCUACGAUCAAUCGCUUCAAAUUCUCCAAAACACUGGCACAACCGUCGAACUGACUGUCUCGCAGAUUUAUAAAAAAUCCGCAGCACCGUCAUCAAAACAAGUUCCCGACGUUCAACCACCAACAAAAACCAGCACUGUGCGAAACAUCACAAGAAGCAUGAAAAAUUCAUUUAAAUUCAAAAAGGACCGCAAAGCCGUUGACCGCACCGGCGACACGGAAACGAGUGCUCAUCGAACGAAUAAUUUGAAUGAAAAUGGUCAGAACAAUGUUAACCCAUCGUAUGGUGAUGCAGCCAAUUGGAAUUGUAAAAAUGGAAAUGAUAAAUCGUCAUUCAAAGUGCGGAGCAUGCCAGACUUACCAAAGGUCGUCGGUACCAUUCCGAAACAUCAAACCAACGACAAGGGAACGCUUCCGCGUACGAUGGGCUUAUCGCGGAAAUACGUUGGACCUGUACGCUAUCCAGUUACACCGAUACGGCCGUCAAACGGUACAGAGAAACAACGACUGUCAUUGUUAGCCGAUAAUGUGGACAAGCAAGUUUUUAUAUAAUUUUGUAAAAGCGUCGUGAGCAGCAGCUGCAUUUGCAAUUUAGGAACUUAGUGUUUUGUUUAAGUUUUUGUAAAGUUUUACAUUGUACUCCAAAACAAACAGAUAAAAAAAAACAUUGUAGCAAAAUAAACAAAUAUGUAGAGGCGGUUUCUUAUUUGGUUAAGUCA